AUGAUGGCGACUGCUUCGGCAUGCCCCUUUGGCAGCGAUAAUCGAUUCGGUCCUCGUGUCAACGUAGCUUGUCGCUUGUUCGAUUUUACCCUCUUGUUUGAAGAUGCCUUCUUUAGUGUUUUGCCCGCUGCGCUGUUUCUGUUGCUUGUGGCCUCGAGGCUGCAGUAUCUUCGGACUGCGCCUAUUAAAUUGAUAUCAUACAAACUAGCGAUUUACAAAUUGGGACUUCUGGCGAUACUUUUCAUCCUCCAUGUCGCAUAUACAGCAGCGCAGAUACGGACAGCUUCGCUCCAUACUCGACUCUCGACAACGUCCGGAGUGCUCAAUAUCCUUGCCAUAUUCGCCGCAGCCUUGCUCUCUUUUAUGGAAGACCAGCGCUCCGUCGAACCAUCUGAUCUCAUCGUUAUCUACUUUUCAGUCUCUAGUAUUCUUGGCAUAGCUCGACUGCGUUCACUAUGGCUUAUUCCAUCUGCUCCAGCAUGUCGAGGGUUAUGGACAGCUGUCUAUGUACUGACCGUCCUAACCCUUUUUUUAGAAUCUGUCAUCAAAACCAAGCUCUUACGCCCUGUAUACCGCAGCCUUACUAGAGAACAAUUGAUAGGGUUCUGGGGCCGGAGCUUCUUUGUAUGGGUUCUUCCCAUUUUCCGUUUGGGAUAUUCCACAGUAUUCAAUGUCGAAGACCUUCCCGAGGUCGAUCAAGCUCUUCAGGGUCACCCCGCAGAGAAGAGACUGGAUGCUAGCUGGCAACGGACUAAAGGUCGCCGUCGAUUACUCAAGGCCACAGUUGAUGCAUACAUGUGGCCUUUAUUAUCUGGAAUUGGACCGAGGCUAUGUGCUUCUGUGUUCACAUUCUGUCAGCCCUUUCUUAUCAAUGCUACCGUGAACUUUAUGUCUACUACAACCACAACACCCGAGUCCAAGAAAUAUGGUCAAGCACUGGUGGGCGCUUAUGCACUGGUUUAUCUGGGUCUCAUUGUAUCAAAUGCGGUCUACUGGCGCCAGACAUUUCGUCUCGCUACGAUGACGCGAGCAGGUCUUGUAUCAAUGAUAUAUCGACAAACGACUAUUCUUAAAGCUAGCAGCAUGAAAGACAAUGAGGCCAUCACCCUGCACGGGACUGAUGUAGAAGUGAUAGUGAGCAGUAUUAAAGUAAUCCAUGAAACGUGGGCUUCACUUCUGGAGGUGGGAGUUGCAUUGUGGCUUCUGGAGCGUCAGAUUUUCGCUGCUUGUGUUGUUCCUGCUGUGAUCUGUGUCGUAUGUUGCGUAGCAGCAGGACCUGUAUCCACUCGAUCCGCAGGUGCUCAAAAAGCGUGGGUUCAGCAAAUCGAGAAGCGGCUAGCAGUUACGUCAAGCGUGCUGGGUGACAUGAAAGCCGUGAAGAUGCUCGGCCUACCCGACGUGCUAAACUCAAUUAUCUCAACUCUGCGAAAAGUCGAAUUGAAGACAUCGACAAAGUUGCGGAAAUUGAUCCUGCUCCAGGUCGCCAUAUCAAACGUACCUCUCGACUUUGCUCCGUUUGCGACCUUUGUCGUCUACGCGAUUAUAGCAUCUGUGAAGAAAGACGAGACACUCUUGGCUUCUAGAGCUUUUACCGCUCUGUCAUUGAUAUCGAUCUUCACGAUCCCGUUGCUCACGUUCAUUCAGUCCCUGCCUAACCUACUACGAUCAUUAGGCAGUUUUCAACGAAUCGAGGAGUACUGUCUUAUUAAGCCUGCCACGGUGCCGGAUGAUCAGGACUUUCCUCACCUUGAUUCCCAUCCAAAUGAUGCCGAGCUUUCCAUUCGCAAUACAGGUGCAAGUAAUGAUACUUGCCUGUUCACAUUCAGGAAUGCGAAUAUCUCAUGGUCACCCGAAACCGAAACUGUACUAAGCAAUUUGUCUCUUGAUAUUGGCAAAAAUAUAACCAUGAUUAUUGGUCCCGUGGGCUGUGGUAAGUCAGCCUUGCUCGAAAGUAUCAUUGGCGAGACAUACUUGAAGGACGGAACGACUACAGCACCAUUGACUCAUGUGGCGUACUGCUCUCAAAAGCCUUGGAUUAUCAACAACACAAUCAAGUUCAAUAUCACGAAUGCUUCAGAGGAUAUCGAUCAGAAAUGGUACGAUUUCACCAUCUGGGCUUGUGCUCUUGAGGAUGAUCUGAAGACAAUACCCGGAGGUGACAAUUCCCUGACUGGGAGUAAUGGUGUUUCUCUCAGCGGUGGGCAGAAACAAAGAAUUGCGCUUGCACGCGCCGUAUAUUCCAGACUCCCGGUUGUGAUUCUUGAUGAUGUAUUCAGUGGGCUUGACUCGCACAGCACCACCCUCAUAUCUACUCGCCUCUUCGGCCAGAAUGGUCAUUUCCGAAAGACUGGAACGUCAGUAAUUCUGGCAACGCACACCCAACGGAUGCUGCAAUACGCCGAUAGGAUCAUUGCUCUGAAUAAGGGAGUCAUUGUGAAUGACGGUCCCUAUCGGAAAAUCCUUGCUGAAAAUCCCGAAAUGGCAACGAAAUCCAUGAUAUCGAGCCACAAGCAAUCAACUUUGUUCGAAGACAAAAAUCCCGAGGUAGAGAAUGAUAGCAUAGAUAACCAUACUACAAAAAUCAGCAUCGACAAUCCAGAGGAAGCACUAAUCAUCAAGAAACAAAAUCUAUUGAGACGUAAUGGAUCCUGGGAUGUUUACAAAUAUUACGUCAAAAGUGCCGGAUACAAGACAACGGCUCUGUUUGUUUUCAGUCUUUUGGUUAUGGGAUUUUUCAGUAACUUUGCUACUCUCUGGCUCCAAUGGUGGUCAGAUGCGAACGAGACUCGACCAAAUGGAAGGCUCGCGUAUUAUCUUGGAGUCUAUGCGACAAUAUUUGUGCUUGACUUUAUGGGUAUCGUAUGCGCGUGCAAUGCACCAUUUAGCUUUUUCCAAAAGACAGACACAGGAACAAUCACCAAUCGUCAGGACAUAAACCUCAUCGAUAUGGAACUACCUAUUGCAGCCAUCAAUUUUGCAUCAAAUCUAUCAAUGUCAAUAUUCAGCCUAGUCAUCCUGUGCAUCGCAGGAAAAUACCUUGCCAUCACAGUCCCCUUUCUGGGUCUAUCCGUAUUCUUCCUGCAGCUCUACUACCUCCGCACCUCGCGUCAGGUCCGGUUACUAGAUAUCGAAGCCAAAUCACCCUUGUAUACACACUUCAUUGAGACGAUCAACGGCAUAGCAACCGUCCGAGCAUACGGCUGGGAAUCUAAUUUUCAGGACGAAUGCGAGCGGAAACUCAACCAUUCUCAAAAGCCGUUUUAUAUGCUGAUGUGUAUCCAGCAGUGGCUCACCAUUGUCCUGGAUCUGAUGGUGGGCGCUAUGGCGGUGAUUCUGAUGGCGACUACGACGUCGCUGAAGGAUAAGUUUAGUCCUGGAUCGGUGGGUGUUGCGCUCAAUCUGGUGUUGUCAUUUGGAGCGUAUCUCAGGUUUUGUAUAAGGUCGUGGACGCAGUUGGAGACUUCGAUUGGGGCGGUCUCGCGUAUCAAGAAUUUUGUUACUGGUACGCCGUCCGAGGAGCGUCAUUUGGAUGCUCAAUGGACCCCGGGACAGGACUGGCCUUCUCAAGGUGCCAUUACGUUUGAGGAAGUAGUUGCAACCUACAGCCCCGAAUUACCACCGGCCCUCAAAACCCUCUCCCUCAAGAUCAACGCCGGCGAAAAAGUAGCAAUCUGCGGGCCAUCCGGCAGCGGAAAGACUUCUCUGAUAAUGGCUCUCCUCCAAAUGAUCGAUACACAAUCCGGCCACAUCGAAAUCGACGGCAGAGAUCUCUCCACAAUCGAAUGUGCAAAUAUCCGUUCCCGAAUCAACGUAAUUCCACAGGACCCCUUUUUCAUGCCAGGAACUGUGCGGUUCAAUAUGGAUCCUAGUGGGGAAAGGGUAUCUGAUGAAUCGAUGGAGUCGGCGCUUGACAAGGUCGGACUGUGGAAACGGAUUAGUAUUAAUGGGGGAUUGGAGAUGGCGCUCGUGGCGUCGGAUUGGUCAGUUGGAGAGAGACAAUUGAUGACUCUUGCGAGGGCUUUGACGGUUAAGAGCUCGAUUUUGGUGUUGGAUGAAGCUACGAGCAGUGUGGACUGGGAAACCGAAGCUAUCAUGCAAAAUGUAAUCGAAAGGGAAUUUUCGACGCAGACAGUCAUCGCAGUUGUUCAUCGACUUAGGUAUAUUAAUCGGUUUGACCGGGUGGUGCUCUUGAAAAAUGGGGAAUUGAUCGAAUCGGAUAGUCCGAAGAAGCUUCUUGAGGAGGAUUCGGAAUUUAAGGCUCUGUAUACGGCUCUUACAAAAUCUGAUUGA